GAUACUUGAAGAAGAUUCUAGAAUUUUCUCAUGUAAAAAUUACAAAUAUACUAACUUUUCUCUUAUUGUGCUUCCUACUUCCAUCUACUCUUAUUAUUUGGAGUAUGGUUUCGUUCCUGUCCAAAUGUGUUCUUAUUUGGGGACUUGUCGAGUGAAUCGGUGUCCAAGAAUACUAUGCAUCAGGAAUAGCUAAGUCAUAAUAGGAGAAAUUACAACAUGCGGUAGCCCUGAUCGAUUGUAAGUGGAGCAAUCAGCAUAAAUACUUACUUAUGCCUGUUACCCCUCGUCAAGGAAGGAGCAUACGUCGACCACCGGCAUUGUCCAUCGAACUCUGUCCUAAGCAAUCUUUUCCACUUAUUUCCAGUUGUCCAUCCUUUUGAUGUCUGCUCACAAUUCUAGACGCAGUGUGUUCUUUGGCCUUCCUCUUUCCCGUUCCCUUUCGGAAUUACAAGUUAACGAUUGUCUCUUCAUGAAUCUUGGUGAUUUCCACAAUCUAUGUCCUAUCUACUUCCCAUGUAUUUCCUUAAUUUCCUCUACAGCUGAAAGCUGGUUUGUUCUCUCCCACAGUAGGCUGCUGCUGAUAGUAUCCGGCCAAUGGGUGUUAAGUAUCUUGCGUAGACAACUAUUUAUAAAUACUUGUACCUUGUUGAUGAUGGUUGUAGUAGUUCUCCAAGUUUCAGCUCCAUACAGUAGGACUGUCUUCACGUUCGUAUUGAAUAUUCUGACUUGAUGAUGUGUCUUUCUGAAUAGAACGUGGAGCGUCUUUUCAGUUAUUUCAAUGUCCGACUUUAGUGCUUCAACUGGUAUGUUGUCUGGUCUUUCAGUCUUCCCACUCUUGAUUUGUCUAAUGACCAUCUUGAUUUCUUCGACUGUUGGUGGAGUGUUCAGAGCUAUAAUAAACUCCUUGACUUUGUCAGUGUGUUGAAGGAUUUCUGUAUUAAACCUUUGUAAUGUUGUUUCUCCGAUUGUCGAGUGCUUGCUUCGCUUCAGUUUCAUCUUGGCAACCACCAGAUAAAUGGCGAUCUUAAUCUAUGCCAGUUCCUAUCCUGCUUCUCAGGUCUUCCAUUGGCCUUCUAAAUAUUUUAGUGAUGCAAAUACGAUCAAUCUGGUUCUGCGUAGUGUGAUCCGGUGGAAGGCUUGUAGCUUUGUGUGUGUUUAUGAGGAAGUAUAGUACCAUCAAUAAUCAUUUUGUUGAAUGCAUAUAAAUUUGCGAAUCCCUCACCAUUCUCGUCCCUUCCUCUCAAUCAGUCCAUAUUAUCUUCAUAUCUGGUGUUGUCCAUUCCGACUUGGGCGUUUAAGUCUCCCAUUUGAAUGGUCAGGCCCUUUCUUGGGCACGCCUUAACAAUCGUUUGCAGCGUCGCAUGAGACUGAUCUUCAUCGUCGUCGAUGCUUUAAUUGGUGGGUGCAUAAUAUUGGAUAACAUUCAUUGUGAUUUCCUUCUUUGUGUUUGAAGUAUGCUUUGAUGAUUUUGGAUGCAUGAUAUUUCCAUCCCACAAGUGCUUUUCGUGCUUCUUUGAACUGUAUCAGUAUAACUCCUUGUGUGUGCAGAACAUUUUGUUGCCCGUGACGAGUACAGCAGCAUCUCUCCUGAAUAUAAUUUCUUCUUUCCAGCUUGGGUCUUGUGUGCUUCACUGAUUCCGAGCACCGACAAUUUGUAUCGCCUUAUUUCCGUAGUUAUUUGACUGGUUCUAACCGGUCUUUCACAUUGUCCGGAUAUUCCGUGUACUUAUAUUAAUUGUUGCUGUGAUUGUUAGAAGGGACAUCAUCCUCGUGAUUUCUUGAGAACCUCGGCAUUCACCAUGAGGUGUCAUGAUUCUUCUGAAUGAAGAUCGCUGAACUCGGAGUUUAAAUUGUUUGUUGUGGUUAAUGUAUUUUAUUAGGGUUGUUUUCUACGUGAUGGGGUUGGUGACCUCUUACCUAACCUUCCUCCUUUAUCUGGGUUCGGGAACGACAAUAAUCCUAGAACAGCUACAGGCGGAGUUAGUAAUAUUCACACUGCAAUAUAAUCUUAUCUGUGACUCGCUUUUCUCAAUUCUCUGUCCUGCUAACAAAAGAUAAUGAACUACUUAAUCUGUGGUUGGGAACGCGACUACUUUUAUACGGUUGCCAUCAAACUGCUGAGUUAUAUACGCUUCUAGGUACUGUAAGAGAAGCACGUGUGUAUCAAAAUGAGUUAUUAUGCGUUGGCCAACGUUUUCACUUAUGCAGUUAAUUUUACAGAUUAAUUAAAUACAGCUGAGAUUUUCGGGAAUCACAUACACAGAGUCCAUUUGUACCAACGUUUUAUGUUUGCCUUACUUUGUUUUAGUACACAAAUUGCUCUGAACUUAAUGGCACAUCUAGAUAUGUUUGCUCAACGUCAAUGGGCUUUUGAAUUACGUCUGCGACAGCUAAAUCACAUUGCAACAUGUCAAGUGUCUCUUGAGGAACUAGUCACUAAAAGAACUAAGCAAAACUCAAAAGUAAAUUUGAAUUCAAAAGCUACCACGGAAAUUGAUGAGUCUGCUUUUAUUCAUUCUAAAACAUUUCCCAAUCAAUCUCUCUACAAUGGUCUUGGUGAGAAUCAGUUGGUGAAAGAUACGACGGUAGUAAAUUCUUUGUCAAACGAUUCAUUUUCCGACGGUUCUAAUCCUCUUUUGUCCGGCUACAAUAGACCAUUCAGUUCAAUUUUUUCUAGUAGUCCAACACGACGUACAUACUUUGAUAACAAAAGUGAAGCGGUUGAUACCUAUCCAAGUGCUACCCAAAUUGCUUCCGCAAUCGCUGGACAACGACUUACCUCAGAAUGGAAUGAGUGGUACAGUAAAGGAUUCUAUAUACCUCACACUGUCGAUUUUGCCUUUGAGUCUGUAAGCAAGUCCUUCCUGAGUGUUGGUGGAUUACCUCUAGGAACCUGUGUUUGUUUAAUCCUUAAUGGGGUUUCCUGGCCUUGGUUGUUUAACUUGACUCAGGUAGUUCGAAAUGAACUGUUACCAUCCCCUCAUUUCUUACCUGCUUUGUACACUGUUCCAUUGGCGCAUGUCAAAGCAGCUGUAAAAACUCGUAAUCAUGGAGAGCCUAAUAAAAAUAAAGAUCUCAUAGAAGCUUUUUCAUUGCUCAGUAUCACUCCUACAGAAAAUUCAUCAGAAACGUGGAAUAAUAAUAUUGAAAAAUCAUCGUCACCUCAACUUCAGUCAAAGAAAGAUUUUCAUACUGGCAAACAGUUACCACCUCCUGUACCUAAACCAAAUGCUCCCCGUCGUCCAGCAGAUAACCGAAACAAAACUAGUUUAAAUAUUUCACCACACAACAGAAGUCGCUGUCAAUCAUCCCAUUAUCAACAGGUUGGUAAAACCACUGAAAUUAAUGAGGUAACUAUAGAAUCCACAAUACAAACUAGACGCUGUGAUAAUCCCUUAACGAAUAAAGGUAUUAUUUUAGAUAAUCAUGAAGCAGACAAUGAAAUAUUGAUACCAUUACUUGGUUAUACCUUUCGAAAACCAGCUAAUUCUCAACCUCUGGAAAUAUAUUGUGACCAUUUGUCCAAAAAUAAAAAUGUUUUGAGGAAAAGAGAAAACAAAAAUAUAGGCUCGGGCAAAGGCCGUACCAUAGUUCUAGACCCAGUGGAAUCAUGUUCUUCUUUAAUUGAUGCGCCUUUGCGUCCACGUAGCGUCAGGUUAGCGUCCAAGUGGGCUGCUAAUCAAAUCAAGACAAAAUUGGUCAAUACAUUAUGUGAAGAAAAUCCUCUGUUAUCAGAGAAUAUAGAUCAGAUGAGUCAGGUUUCUAAUAAUAUGGCUACACGUUUGUAUGGCGCUUAUCAGCAACUAUCUAGCUUUCCAGUCCCAAAUCUAUUACGUCCUAUAUGCCAAUGGCUGGGUAUUUAUUGGUUAGGAAAAGGUGAUCAACUACAAGCGGGAAGAUUUUUAUCUCAAGCUAUCGGUAUUGGACCCACAACCUUGUACUUAUCUAUCUUAAGCUCUCGGAUAAUUCAUUUGAAGUCAUCUGAUUCUCAAGAUUCUGUUUCUGAUCGCAGCAAAAAAUGUAAAUGGUUCCCUAUUUUGAAUCGAGUAAUGACUGUUUGUGCUCCUAAUAAUUUUCUAAUGGAAAAUGUAAUUCAGAUGCCUACUUGUGACGAUAAUAGUUCACUUACAGUUCGGGUUAUUCAACUCUGUCUUGUUGAUGAACUCAGUUGCAAGUCUAAUUUAAUUGAUAAAAGUGAUGAUAUUUACCAUCACACUAUUUCUCCAUAUGGACUCGGUGCUCGUUCCGGAGGUUACUUACUAGUAUCGCGUUAUAUAGGUAUUUCUGGUCAAUCUUUAAGAACAUUUGAAGUGGAGACACGUGUUAUGCAUGGAUUCACUCAUUCUGGUUUUAAAUAUAUGGAUAGUUUUGAUGAAAUUCAGACGGAGAGUCUUGAUUCGAUGGCUAUUGAAGAUCGUGCUAAUUACUGGCGUAUACGUUAUAACUUGGAUGAACGACUAGAAAAUUUACUUACUGAAAUGCGUCGUGAAUGGUUUACUAAAGAUGAUCUAGAUUGGUUAUUCAGUCGAGAGAAAUAUUGUCGUAAUAAUGAACUCAAAAAUGAUUAUAACCCUCCUUCUGUAGUCAUUAUUCCGGAUCGACGACUAGUUUAUUUACCUUGGGAAUGGAUACUGUGGGAUCGUAAUCCAACUUCAUGUACUCCAACAAUGACUCGUAGCUUCAGCUUACCUUUAGUUGUUGGUCAUUUGGCAACUCAGUAUAUGCCCUGUCAGAAUAUUGAGGCUAACAUUUCUCCCAAUACUGAACAUAUGGAAUUACGUUCUUUUAAUCCUGAGCGUGCAUUUUAUAUCCUUAACCCAGAAUCCAACCUACCCUCUACUCAACAAACCUUUGAACCGAUAUUCCACAACCUAUCCAGUUGGACAGGUGUCAUUGGAAGAAUUCCAACUUUAGAGGAGGUGAACAAUGGUUUCACAAAUCAUGAUCUUCUAAUAUUUUUGGGUCAUGGAAAUGGUUCGCAAUUUCUACUACACACUUUCAAUCAAGGUCUCAAUGCACGCUCCGUUACCUUGAUUCUUGGCUGUAGUUCCGGUAAACCUCGUAGUGCUGGACGACAUGAACCUUAUACUUCACUAUUUAAUCAUCUUAUUGCUGGAUGUCCCUUUGUUUGCGGAUUGUUAUGGGAUGUUACUGAUCGGGACGUUGAUAGAUUUACUUUAAAAUUCCUGACUAAUUGGCUGGGAAAAGAUGGUUCUGAUGACGGACGUGAUGCAAAACCACGUGGAACUUUAGGACAGUCUAUUUUUAACGCAACUUCGGCUUGUAAACUGAAGCAUCUUGUUGGAAAAUCAGUCAUUGUUUAUGGGAUCCCCUCUGAACCUAAAAGAAGAUCACUUCUGAAAUUUCCAUCCUCACUUGUUAAAAAAUGAAUUGGACUUCUUACAAUUUGACGUAUUAUCUUGAAUUAUUGUACAUUACCUGAAUUGUGUAGAUUAAUUCUAAUGGACGUUCUGCUCCGUUUAUCUAUAGUCCUCAAAUUUUGAACCUUUUUUACUUGCUUUGGUCGGUCGUUUGUAAAUGUGUUUAAGUUGUUUUCUAACCAAUUUUACCUACAUCAUG